AUGCUGCUGCUCGAAUGGUUGCACGAAUCCUCGCCGGCCCAGGCAAAUCCCCUCGACCACGACUCCGUGGGAAGUAGCAGCAAUCGUACCAGAGGCAAGCAUGCCAGCUGCCUCGUCAAUCUCGGAGACUCGCGGACCGUCGUGGCAAAUUUUCGCAGUGAUGGGGUCCCCAGCGGCGGCAAUGGUUCAUCAGGCUUGACCCAGACGAGGGACGUCAAUUCUUCCGUGUCGACCGAGCGCGAGUAUAUCAUGGCGCAGCAUCCCCUCGACGACCCCAGGGAUGUGAUUGUUGGCGGCAGGCUCUUUGGCGAGACCCUGUCGACUCGGGCUUUUGGUGAUGCCCUGUAUAAGCUGCCACUUCGGAGAACGGAAGACGGUGAGACUGUCGAUGCGAUUCCGCGACGGCAACUAUCCGCCCAGGAGAAGGCGCUGCAUUGCCACUACGUUCAUCAAAUGAGCGCGUGCUUGGUCGACGCAGAGGCUUCCAGGUUCUCGUCGUCGAUGGACGGACCGGGCGAUAAAGUGAAGCGUCGACCCAGGACGAUUGCCCUUGGAGAGAGGUAUGAUGCCAUGUUCUCGUCCUAUUUGACGCCACCAUACGUCUCCCCUCUCCCGGAAGUCCAAGCUUGGCAGGAGGGAGCUGUUGAAAGUUCCGAAGAUGCAGUACAACCUGGCGACCAAGAUCGUGGGACGGGGGCGAGAGCUGGCCUCUUGACCUCGAAUGCUGCCGGGAGCACGGCUGGAAGAAUGUUCGCAAUUCUGGCUACAGAUGGCCUGUGGGAUCUCACAAGCUCUGAGAGCGCCAUGGAAUGUGUGUUGAAGGUUGCUGCGAGUCUUCAAUCCUCCGGAGAGGAGCUCAAUCUUGCUGAAGCUUUAUAUCGCUAUGUUGUUGAGGAUCAAGGCCGACGCGCGGGCGACGAUGUCACGAUACUCGUAGUCGAAUAUAAUGUGUCUGGCUUCCUUGACCCCUGA